GAAGUGGAGAAUAUGUAGAUAAUCACGCGAGCCCUGAAUAGUUUAGCCGGGGCGUAAUAAACUAUGUAUGUAUGUAUGUUUCUGGAAGGGUUUUCACAGAUGGGGUUAAACAACGAAUGCUCCUGUGGAAGAGCCGAGAAAAGAAGUUCAACCGGUACACAAGUAACAAUUGCGUCGGCCUGUGAAGUUAAGAGGCCCACUGAAGGCGGCAGUGAAUGGCUAGGACGCGCUCACCAUACGCAGGGAACCCAUCGUGAAUUGGGAAUAGCAAGUUUCCUGCCUUCUCGGCCGUGCGCUCGUAGCGUCCUAUCAGUGGCCCUAGGUAGUUCCCGACGCUCAAUCGGGCGGCUAUGAAGGGACUUCGCCUGGGAGAAACCAAUGUACCUAGUGGAUAGGAUGAGCGAAGUGAACUUUGGCGUAGGCGAUCACUUCCGUUCGUCUGCCC